AUGGAAAUCUCAGCCAUUGAUCUUAGCCUUCUCUUCUCUUCUUCUGAUGAAGGUCAAGAAGAGUUGAGUAAACUUCACUCAGCGCUCUCCACAUGGGGCAUUGUUCAGGUGAUGAAUCAUGGUGUUACAGAAGCGUUCCUCGACAAGGUUUAUGCGCAAACCAAACAAUUUUUUUGCGUUUUCAACCGAAUAGAAAAUGAAGUAUGCGAGAGAGAAACUGGAAAUAUUCCCGAUUACCAAGGAUAUGGAAACGAUACCAUAUUUACUGAUGAUCAACCUCUCGAUUGGAUUGACCGAUUGCACCUCACUACUUACCCUGAAGAUCAACGAAAACUUAAAUUCUGGCCAGAAAUCCCAACCGGAUUCAGGGAAACUUUACAUGAAUACACAAUGAAGCUAAAGAUGAUGAAAGAUCAGCUCUUCAUGGGAAUGGCUAGAUCUUUGGACCUGGAAGAUAAUUGCUUUCAAGAGAUGUGUGGAGAAAAUUCUAUAAUGGAGACAAGAUUCAACAUGUAUCCGCCAUGUCCGAGGCUGGACAAAGUUAUUGGGAAUAGACCGCACACUGAUGGCUCGGUCAUCACUCUUCUUUUACCGGACAAAAAUGUGGAAGGGCUUCAGUUCCUCAAAGAUGGAAAUUGGUAUAAAGCUCCAAUCAUUCCUGAUACGAUUCUGGUCACUGUAGGAGAUGUGCUCCAGAUAAUGAGCAAUGGAGUAUACAAGAGCCCGGUUCAUAGAGUUGUGACUAACAGAGAAAAGGAAAGGAUAUCUGUGACAACGUUUUGCUUUCCGCAUGCAGACCAAGUGAUUCAACCUGUAAAUGGGCUUGUGUCUGAGACAACACCAAGGUUGUACUUGUACAAAACAAUCAAGAACUAUGCAGAGAUCUACUUCAAGUACUUUCACCAAGGUGGAAGAGCGAACGAAAGUGUAUUGAUCUGA